GGGUUUUCUUCCGGUAGGAGGCUCAGCUACCACGCGCAGCGAUCCGCCUGGCCUGGAUGGAGAUCUGUGCGAGCGAUUCAUCCCUGGCGCCUGGCGUGCGAUGGUGAUCUCCCUCCAGCAAUUGAUCGAUCUUGUGAUUGGCGAGUUGGAGCUUAGCCAUGGCAGAUGCAGCUGGGGCGUUUGUGACACGCGCAUUCGAGCGCUUGGCGAAGGAAUCUCAAGGCAAAAAGUAUACAGCGCUCCAGAAUGCCCUCAAAGAAUAUCUAGAUAGAGGCCAGUUCUCAGGAUCCACAGAUGGACCAAAAGCUCCUCCUCCUCAGCAGGAUGCCGAGAGUGAGCCUGGCACACCCAAGUCCACGGAGAGUCCUACUGCUGCUAGCAGUGUUACUUCUCCUAAAAGACGAACCAGCAGUCAGGUGGCCGCGGCAACCAUGGCGGAGGCUGGCGGUACGUUGGAAGUUUCCGAGGCCGACCUCAUUCUACUCCCUCUGCGCCUGGCAAUCGAAACCAAGCAGCCCAAGCUGGUGGAAACGGCCUUGGAUUGCCUUCAUAAACUUAUCUCCUUUGGGCAUCUCGAAGGUGAGGCUGGAACCGAGGGUGGCAAAAAUGGUGCUAUGCUGACGGAAGUCUUGAACAAAGUCUGUUCAUGCAUCGACAAUUCAGCGACGGAUAGCACCGUUUUGCAAGUGAUAAAAGUACUGUUAACAGCUGUUGCCUCGUCGAAAUUUCAAGUUCACGGAGAGUGCCUGCUGAGCUCUAUCCGGACGUGCUACUCUAUCGUGCUGAACAGUAAAAGCUCCGUGAACCAGGCUACAGCCAAGGCCACGCUGACGCAAAUGAUCAACAUUGUCUUUAAGAGAAUGGAAUUAGAGAAUGGGGUUCGUGUUCUUGUUUAUGUUCUUGACUUACACACACAUUAUAAGCAGCCGGCGGAACAUGUUUUAUCUCAACAGAAAAACAUUCCUGAUGUCAGACAGGCUACUGAGCACUAUCGCAGACACGAGGCUGAAAAUUCAAGUCCUACAAGCUCACAGGCUUCUGUGAGUGUGGAGGAACUUCAGCACUUGGCUGGGGAUGCCGAUAUAAAGGGCCUUGAAGCGGCGCUAGACAAGGCAAUUCUGUCUGAAGGUGGAGCGGUUUCCAAUGAGGGUAUCGAUUUGAAUAGCCUAAAUGUAGGCCAACGGGAGGCCCUUAUGGUUUUCAGAACUCUUUGCAAGAUGUCAAUGAAAGACGGGGCAGAUGACAUGGUGACAAGAACGAAGAUAUUGUCUCUCGAAUUAAUACAGGGCCUCCUGGAGAGCGUUAGCCCUUCAUUCACAGUGAAUUUUGCCUUUAUAGAUUCUAUCAAGGCUUACCUGUCCUAUGCACUUCUUCGAGCUUGUGUCUCCUCCAACACAACAAUUUUUCAGAAUUCUUGCGGGAUCUUUAUGGUCUUGCUUUUGCGUUUUAGAGAAAGCCUGAAGGCGGAAGUCGGGGUGUUUUUCUCGUUAAUAGUGUUGCGGCCUCUAGACAGCGUUGACACGCCACUUCAACAAAGAUUGUCCGUUUUGAAAAUGUUGGAGAAGGUGUGUACCGAUUCACAAAUGCUAGCCGAUACAUUUGUUAAUUACGAUUGCGAUCUAGAAGCCACAAAUCUUUUUGAACGCAUGGUGAGCUCGCUUUCAAAAAUGGCACAAGGUACAGUUAGUGCAGAUCCUGCCCUUGCGCAAAAUACAGCUUUGAAAGGAUCAUCGCUACAGUGCUUGGUCAAUGUGGUUAAGUCAUUAGUGAAUUGGACUAAAUCGCAUGAUGAUGCCAAGAAAAGAUAUCUAUCUGAUCAUCAGUCUGGAAAAGAAGGAUUGCACGCAUCAACACAAGCGGCUGAUAUUAAAAAGGCUAAGGCUCAAAAAUCGACAAUGGAAGCUGCCAUAGCAGAGUUUAAUCGUAAUGCGGCCAAAGGCAUUGAGUACCUUGUCACAAACAAGCUUGUUCAACGCGAUCCAGGUGCAAUCGCACAGUUUUUAAAAACGAUGUCGGGUCUAGACAAGACUAUGAUUGGCGAUUAUUUGGGUCAGCACGAGGAAUUCCAGGUGUCUGUCAUGCAUGCGUAUGUUGAUAGCACACAACUACAGAACAUGAAGUUUGACCAAGCCAUUCGGGAGUUUUUGAGGAGUUUUCGAUUGCCUGGCGAAGCUCAAAAGAUUGAUCGUAUAAUGGAGAAAUUUGCCGAAAGGUACUGCCGUUGCAACCCGGGGCUCUUCAAAUCUGCCGACACAGCUUAUGUUCUGGCAUACGCAGUUAUUAUGCUCAACACGGAUGCCCAUAAUCCUAUGGUCUGGCCAAAAAUGUCCAAAGACGAUUUUGUUCGCCUCAACACAGAGAGUGAUGCCGAGGAGCACCCACCUGUCGACCUUCUCCAGGAGCUAUACGAUUCUAUUGUGAAAGAGGAGAUCAAAAUGAAAGAUGCCGAUCCAACGAAGAAAGACAACGCGGAAGAAAAAGGGCGUCUUGUUAGUGUCUUGAACCUUGGAGUUUCGAAAAAGAAAACUGCUGCAGAAGCCAAGCGUGAAAGUGAGGAAAUUAUUCGAAGAACUCAGGCAUUGUUUAAGCGGGCUGACACGAAGAAGGGAACAUUUCACAAGGCAACUCACGGGGAGCUUGCCCGGCCUAUGCUUGAAGCUGUCGGAUGGCCUCUACUUGCAGCUUUCUCGGUCACGAUGGAAGAUAACGAGAAUAAGCCUCGGGUCCAACCUUGCAUGGAAGGAUUCCGUUCUGGUAUUCAUCUGACGAAGCUUCUUGGGAUGGACACUCUCAGAUACGCUUUCCUAACAUCUUUAAUACGCUUUACGUUUCUUCAUGCUCCAAAAGAUAUGCGAAUGAAAAAUGUGGAGGCAUUGAAGACGUUGCUUGGAAUAGCUGAGACCGAACCGAAUUGUCUACAAGAUACAUGGAACGCCGUUUUAGAAUGUGUGUCGAGGCUCGAGCACAUAACGUCGUCGCCUUCAAUCUUGCCGACCCUGAUGCACGGGGCAAACCAGAUCUCGAAAGACGCUCUCGCUCAGGCGCUCAUAGACCUUACUGGAAAACCGACUGAGCAGGUCUUUGUUAACAGCGUGAAGCUCCCCAGCGACGUGGUUGUGGAAUUUUUCACAGCCUUAUGCGGAGUUUCCGUCGAAGAAAUGAAGCAGGUACCUCCCCGGGUUUACAGCCUUCAAAAGCUUGUGGAAAUCAGCUACUACAAUAUGGCCCGUAUCAGAAUGGUUUGGGCCAAAAUAUGGUCCGUAUUAUCACAGCAUUUUGUAGCUGCUGGCAGUCACCACGAUGAAAAAAUCGCCAUGUAUGCGAUUGAUUCACUACGUCAGUUGGGAAUGAAAUACUUUGAACGGAAAGAGCUGGCCAACUUUUCCUUUCAGAACGACAUAUUGAAGCCAUUUGUCGUUCUUAUGCGCACUAACAAAAGUACCGUGGUGCGGGGUCUUAUUGUGGACUGCAUUGUGCAGAUAAUCAAAUCUAAAGUUGGAAGCAUAAAGUCCGGCUGGAAAAGCGUGUUUAUGGUAUUCACAACAGCUGCAUAUGACGAUACGGAAGCAAUCGCUGAUUUAGCAUUUGAGAAUGUCGAGCAAGUUGUGCUUGAGAAUUUUGAUCAAGUCGCAGGAGACUGCUUUAUGGAUUGCGUCAACUGUCUUAUGGCUUUUGCGAACAACAAAACUAGCUCUCGAAUAAGCUUGAAAGCAAUAGCACUUUUACGUAUAUGCGAAGAUCGCCUUGCCGAGGGACGGCUACCAGGAAUCAAUUCGAAGGCUGUUGAAACAGUUGGCAAGGGAGCCGAUGUGGACGUCUCUGAAUACUAUUGGUUUCCUAUGCUAGCUGGGCUUUCCGACCUCACUUCCGACCCACGGAUUGAAGUCAGAAACUGCGCUUUAGAAGUCCUGUUCGAUCUUUUAAAGGAACGUGGACAUCAGUUUUCAACGUCGUUCUGGGACAGCGUAUUUCACCGUGUGCUGUUUCCAAUAUUUGAUUAUGUGCGUCAUGCUGGAAAAGACGGCGACCGGCAGGCAUCAGCAGAGCAGUGGCUUCGAGAGACAUGCAUCCAUUCUCUCCAGCUCCUUUGCGAUCUAUUCAGUAGCUUCUACAAGGAAGUCUCGUUUCUUUUGCCGUCGUUGUUGGCAUUGCUUCUGGAUUGCGUCACACGGCCAGAUCAAGCUCUUGCCGGCAUUGCUGUUGGUGCUCUAGUCCGUCUCACGGAGAUUGGAGGUCAUCAAUUCGCUGAAAAAGACUGGGCAACUCUUCUAGACAGUAUAAGAGACGCGUGCUAUACUACUCAGCCGGUGGAGCUCCUGAGUCCAGACGGUCUUGAUGUUCGAAGGUCGGGGAGUUUGACAGGUCAGAGGACAGACAACUUGCCCCUGGGAGCUCCAGCUGAGUGGGACGUAGAAAGCCAGGAUAGCCACCAGAGUGGUCAGGUCUCUGGUGAUAGCAAUGGUGAGCCAGUGAAACAAAGUGGAAGGUCGAGUUUCGAUAGCAGAGCUGACGGUGAUCCUCAUGAAACACCGUCUCAUGCAGAGGCGGAAGGAUUUACUCCUACGCCGCCAGCUUCUGAGGAAGGAAAAGGAGGCCUCUUCGGGGGCCAUACGUUAGGCCGAAGACUGGUUGGCAAUAUGGUGGACGCAUUUUUGAAGAAGAACUUAACUUUCAAAGGCAGAUCCCGAUCGACUGAUAGUCCAAGUCCUCCUCGUGUCCAGCCGAGUGACGCGGAGGAAACUAGUCUCGCUAGUAUCGAGGACGCGGCGCUACAGCUUCCGAUCGUUAGAAGCAAGUGCUUGACGCAGUUGCUAUUGCUGAGAGCUCUUGAAAGCAUGCAGGCAAAGCACUGGAGUCUACUAAGCACGUCGAACAAAAUCCAGAUUAUGGAUACAUUGUUGUCAGUGGUGGACUUUGCGGCGACUUACAACUCAGAUGCUAACCUUCGCAUUCGUAUCCAGCAGUUUUCCGGCGAAAUGCCGCCUCCAACGCUUCUCCGACAGGAAGUUGAAGGAACACGGAUAUACCUGACGCUGCUCAACCAAGCUGUGUUGUCUCCAGCGGAUGGAAAUCUUAAAGAGGAGGCAGAGCGGCGUCUCGUAACCUUUUAUUCCCAUAUACUGAAAGAAGCGGUGGCUUUGAUCCCGGCUCCCGGGGAGCCUAUCCAAGCUGAGGCUCACUACUCUCUCAGCUUGCGCUCUUCAGUGGUCGUCAAGGUGCUCAACUCGUUGUCCGAGAUGGAAGGCGAAAUGUUCAAGAGACAUCUCUCGGAGUUCUACCCAUACUUCACAAAGCUUAUCUGCAGUAAUCAAAUGGAUGUGAGAAAAGCGCUGGGAGAGCUUUUCAAGCUUCGCCUGGUGUCUUUGCUGCCUUCAUCAUGAACGAACGACUUUGGCAACGGGCCCCGUUUUUUUGAGUGCUUGCACUUUCUGGAGAAGCUGAUUGCUGCAGCAGCCUGCACCAAGGAGACACUCUUAUUGUAAACUAGUGUAAGCAUCGGUUUUUCCUUCUGUUAUUCUCAGCAGUCAGCAAUUGUCUACAAUGUUGCAAUUCUUUUAUGAAGAUGUUAGAGCU